AUGACUGUGUUACCAGAUUUCGACCCGUACGAGGCUCUCGGUGUUGCGAAAGAUGCGACUCUGACCGACAUCAAGUCUUCACAUCGAAAGCUCGUACUGAAAUGCCAUCCCGACAAGAUCAAGGACGAGUCGCAACGCAGCCAGGCCCAGGACCAGUUCCAGAAAGUACAACAAGCCUACGAGUGCCUUUCCGACGAAACGAGCAGGGCCAAGUAUGACAACAAGGUUAAAUUGGCAGAACUGAAGCGCGAAAUGAUGUCGCGAGGCGGUUCGUACUCCCGGUCGAAUACUCGCGAGUACCGCGACGGUCGUUAUUACGAGGAGAGAGUCCCAGCCGAUCCUGAAGUUGUCUUUGAGGACGAGGCUCGAUUUGCCGAAUCGCCACGGCCCUCCUCGCGUAAACACGAAGAGUACGGGGCUCGCCCGCGGUCGAGAGCCACAGAGGAGAAACGGAGGGCGAAGACACAUGCAUCAAGUACUGCUCGUGCUGCAAAGGAAGCCGCAAAGGACGCUCGCGAGUCCGCCAAAGCAACUCGAGCGGAUCGGGACAAAUACCGAACCAAGGAACGGAGGCGCCAAACUCACGACAAGUAUGGUUUUGUAGAAUCAGACUACUCCGAAUCCGAUUCAGGUAGGUCUGAGGUGUUGUACUACAUACCUGUCAAGCGGCCAUCGGAUCACAAGCGCCAUCGCGAUUCCAAGCCCAGACCGACCGAGUCAAGUCGCCGGUCAAAGGCCCACUACGACGAUGACGAUUAUUCCGACGACUACAGACAUGACAAGCAUGACAUGCAGUAUUCUAGCGCAAGGGAUUACAUCCGACGCUCGAAGGAAACUAUCGCUGAAACCGACCGACGCCACCGUUCUUCUCGUUCACCCCUCCGUUACGAUUCACCAGAACCAGAACACUCAAGUCGAUCAAAGCGCUCUACCCGGGAAUCGCGACCUCCCACCUCCCACCACAGUUCGUUCGAGCAUCUUGAACCACGUGUACCUUCAAUGCCGACGGCAGCAACGUUCCCUGGCCCAAUGGGCUCCUCGUCUCCCCGAACGUCACAGCCCCCGAAGUCUUCAGCUCGUGCUCAAUCUCGGUCCAAUCGUGAAAGUGCUCGUCGGUCGGAACCGGUUCACAUGUACACAAGACUGAGAGGCGAAAAGUCUGACUCGGGCUACGCAAGCUCAAGUCCAACUCCGGAGACUGUGGAUGCUUCACCCAAGCCUCGCUACAAAAACAGGCCUGAGCCGGUUAUUGUCGAGCCCAGUACUGGCACACCGCCACCCUUGAGACACUCAAGAACAUACUCGCCUCCUCGUCCGGAGCGACAAAAGCCUGUGCGGAGCACCACCUAUGCUUACCCUCCAGAGGCAUCCACAUCCACUCGUCGACAUCUCUAUCGGGAAGUCGAGAAGGAUCCACGGCAGGUGGAGAAGGAAAUCAGGCACGCACGGGAAGUCCAGCCGGAUAUCCAUUACAUCCGCCCUCAAGCUGCGCAUUCUCAGUCGUACCACGAUAAAUAUGCUCCGCCGGUGGGACGACGCCAAUCCGCAUACUAG